CCACCACAUCCACGAGCUGCAGCGCCGGCUGGACCCAAUAAAAUCCUCACCACUCACCACACAAAAAGAGCUCUCUUUGUUUCGUUUCCAACUCCAACAAAAGUCACAUAACAAAUAACUAUUCUAUGGCUACCAUCACCACCACCCACCUCUCCUUCCCUCUUCUCCUCUCCCCUUAUCCUCACCACCAACAACAACAACACUACCUCAAACCCAUUCCAACAGUGUCUUUCAGAAGUAGUAUUAGAGUGAGGGCUCAAGGUGGUGUUGACAAGUUAGGUGAUUUUGGAGCCAGGGACCCAUUCCCUGCUGAGGUAGCGAGCGGUUUUGCAGACAAGGUAUUAGGCAACGGAGACACUGAGCACAAGAUUCUCAUCCCAAAUAUCUCUGCUCUUUCUCUUUCUCAGCAGCAGUGUACUCCUCUUUCUCCUUUCCAAUCCCCCAUGUCCACUACUGAUGCUCAAAAACUCUUGAAGAAGGUAGUAGGUUGGAGACUAUUGGAAGGAGAAGGUGGGCUUAAACUACAAUGUUUGUGGAAAUUGAGAGAUUUUAAAUGCGGGGUUGAACUCAUCAAUAGGAUUUAUAAGGUUGUGGAAGCUGCAGGGCAUUACCCAAAUAUCCACUUGGAAGCACCCAAUCAAGUUAGAGCUGAAAUUUGGACAGCUGCCAUCGGAGGAUUAAGUAUGAAUGAUUUCAUUGUGGCUGCCAAAAUAGAUGACAUAAAAACAUCAGAUCUCGUGCCUAGAAAAAGAGUUUGGGCCUAGUUGAAGCUUAUGUUGCUCACUGGUUGCUUGAAGAAGCUCCCAAAACCAUCUUGCCAUAAGGUUUUCCCAGUGACUGUAAUGGCUUAUUUUGUUAUGAGAAAAGAUGUACUUUUUUUCUAGGUGUGUCCCUCGUGUAUAAUUAUCAUUUGUUUAUUUUAUUGCCUUUUAAAACCUUGAGGGAGAGACUUUGUGUCACUCCCAAAAAGGACAAUAUCUUGCCAAUGAAUAGCUGGGGCAUUACAAUUUCACUUCAAUAAUUAGUGUGGCUUUUGGUGACAAGAUAUUGAAAUGCAAUUUUGAUGUAUGUAAUUUAGUGGUAUAGUCCUAGAUUAUACUCUUUUGGCUGA